CAAAACGCCUGGGGAAUCGUAGGGAAGAGGAAGCCAGCCGGCUCUCUGUCUGCCUGCUCAACUUCCUGCUCAGAAAGAGAAAAAGAAGCCAGGAUCCUAUUUCAGUCCAGCAGAGCCGUGUAGCCUAGCUAGACGGCAGUCAGUCAGCAUGGAAAAACAAGGGGUCAUACACAUUUCAUCAUAAACAUUUUCAAGGAGUGGAAGGAAAGGCAAACAAGAGAUCGCAGGUAUGGACAGUGCCAUCACGUUGUGGCAGUUCCUGUUGCAGCUGUUGUUGGACCAGAGCCACAAGCACCUGAUCUGCUGGACGUCGAACGACGGGGAGUUUAAACUGCUCAAGUCUGAGGAGGUGGCCAAGCUGUGGGGGCUCCGCAAGAACAAGACUAAUAUGAACUACGACAAGCUGAGCAGAGCUCUGAGAUACUACUAUGACAAGAACAUUAUCAAGAAGGUGAUCGGACAGAAGUUUGUCUACAAGUUUGUCUCGUUCCCGGAAAUCUUAAAGAUGGACCCAGCAGCAGUAGAGACUGGCUUGGCUUCCGGUCUGGUGACGCUCCACGAAGACCAGGACAUCCAGGACCUGGAUGUAGAGGAGGAGGAAGAAGAGGAGGUACAGCAGCAGCAGAGGAGGGCCCUGGGGGCGGCGUUGGGGGCGGCUGCGGCGGCCCAGCAGGCUGCGUGUCAUAACAAGUACUUCGGCUCUGGCCUCUACUCCUCCUUCAGCAUCAACACCCUCCAUUCUCCUCCAGAGGAGCUGCUCCGGGCCCUGAGGGAGAGACAGCAGGACGAGGCCCGCUCCGGAGUCAUCCGAUUUGGGACGGGUACCACCGAGAGUACUCCACCCUCACUGUCCCUCAUCAACCCUGAGCCUUCAUCACAAUCCUUCAGCACCCACAGGCCAUCCAAACCCUCCUCUCUCCACCAUUACACCCACCACCAACACCACUCCCCACCCUCCUCCUCCCCCCACAGCCAUAACCCCCAGCCAGGGCCAGGCCGAGGAGGCUGGAGCCCAGAGGCUGAAGAGGAGGAGGAGGACUCAGACCAGGGAGCCCAGCCUCUGAAUCUCUCUUCUGGGCAUAGAGAGAGAGAGCAGGCCCUGCAGCCUCCGGAGAAGAGGACCAGUGGUGGUAGUAGUCAUGGAGACAGUUGUCAUAGACUCCCACCCAAAACCAAUAAGCCCAAAGCCCUAGAGAUCUCCGCCCCCUCCCUGCUCUUGACAGGAAGUGACAUCGGCUCGAUAGCCCUCAAUAGCCCCUCCCUCCCGUCCGGAUCCCUCACCCACGCCUUCUUCACUGCACAGACUCCAUCUGGUCUGCUGCUGGGCCACAGCUCUCUGUUAUCAGGUGUCCACUUCUGGAGCAGCCUAAGUCCCGCAGCCCCUCUGAGCCCGGCCAGGCUUCAAGGACACGGAUCACUGUUUCAGUUCCCCAGUCUAAUGAAUGGACACCUCCCCCUGCCAAACUUGGACGGGUCCCCCUCACCUCUGCUCCUGUCCCCUGCCAAUCACAAGUCAUGAUUCAGGCUCUCAAAACCCAAUGCAGCCCAUUGGACCAACUGCCACCUGCAUCAGCAACUUCUCAUUGUGAAAUCCCAUCAGCCUUCACUUGAUUUUCUUCCAAAUUUGCUUAUGAUUUGGAGUCUCAACCUCUGAACCCCCCUCCCCUAUUUUACCCCUCCAUGCAUCUCAACCCCCCCCAUUUUACCCCUCCAGGCAUCUCAACCCCCCCCCCCCUCUGAACCCCCCACCCCUAUUUUACCCCUCCAUGCAUCUCAACCCACCCCUCCCCCCUCCCCCCCUCAACCAUCUAACCCCCCCCCCCCCCCCCCCCCAUUUUACCCCUCCAGGCAUCUCAACCCCCCCCUCUGAACCCCCCUCCCCCAUUUUACCCCUCCAUGCAUCUCAACCCCCCCCCCCCUCUGAACCCCCCUCCCCCAUUUCACCCCUCCAUGCAUCUCAACCCCCCCUUCCCCCCCCCUCAACCAUCUCACCCCCCCCCCCCCCAUUUUACCCCUCCAUGCAUCUCACCCCCCCUCUGAACCCCCCCUCCCACAUUUUACCCCUCCAUGCAUCUCAACCCCCCCCAUCCAUCUCACCCCCCCUCCCCCAUCCAUCUCAACCCCCCCAUCUCUAGAAGUAUAAUUGUGUUUGUGAUCAUCAUUACAGAAUGUGAAACAUUGUUGUUUUCAUUGUAUGAUCUAUGAUAUUGUAUUGUAUUGAAUGCACUAUGCUUUUCAAAUAGCGCCGGCUGUGCCUUUUGAAAAUAAGACCAUUGACCCCCCCCAAAAAAAUAAAUAUAUAUAUAUAUGAAGACGGGGUUUCAAAAUCAAUGAAAAAGGUUUGUAACACUUUGUAAUGUUCUUUGUUUAUACUGGAGCGGAUCUAUACAGUAUAUAUUCUGUAUAAUGUUAUAUUGGUGAAAAGUCUUGUUUUGAAUAAAACUGAAGCAUUGAAUACUGCAA